AUGGUAGAAGCACAAAACCACAGCGGUAGCAAAAGACGCUGUUGCUGUUGCUGCAUCUUCAACAAAGUUUGGAAGUUUCUCUUAGCAACAACCAUCUUCGUUGCUCUCAUAAUGCUCAUUUUAUUCCUCGUCAUCAAACCACGAACCUUCAAAUUCAGUGUCAAUGAAGCCAAACUCACCCAAUUCAACUACACCACCAAAACCAACACCCUCCAUUACAACCUCGUACUCAACUUUACAUCACGUAACCCAAACAAAAACCUCAACAUCUACUACGAUGAAAUUAACGGACAUGUAUCCUACGAAGGAACAAGGUUUGCUUCAUCAAACGUUAUAACAAGGUUAAAUUCAUUCCGUCAAUACACGAAGAGCACCAACCGAAUGACCGGUGUUUUCUCCGGGAAACGUGUUGUUGUUUUUGAUCGUGAUCAAGCUUCUGAUUUUAUCCGUGAUAAGAAAAAUCGAGUUUUUCGUAUUGAUGUGAAAUUAUAUUUUAAACUCAGAUUUGUGCUUGAUGAUUUUUACGUUGGACAUAGUAAGGGUAACAUUAAAUGUGGACUUUAUGUUCCUUUUGAUUCUAAUGGGACUAAGGUCAUAAAUGCAUUUCAACCCACCAAGUGUCAUGUUAAUUUCUGA